GGGGCAGCGGCCGAGGCGGCACGGCGGCGGCAGAGCCCGCUGCCCCCGGACGUCCCCGGCGACAUGCUGGCAGAUAACCUGGUGGAGGAGUUUGAGAUGGAGGAUGAGCCGUGGUAUGACCACCGGGACCUCCAGCAAGAUCUCCAGCUUGCUGCUGAACUGGGAAAGACGCUGCUGGAUCGGAACACCGAGUUGGAGGAUUCUCUUCAGCAGAUGUACACAACCAAUCAGGAGCAGUUACAGGAAAUUGAGUAUCUGACCAAACAGGUGGAGCUUCUGCGGCAAAUGAAUGAGCAGCAUGCCAAAGUUUAUGAGCAGUUAGAUGUCACAGCCAGAGAACUGGAAGAAACCAACCAGAAGCUGGUUGCUGAGAGCAAAGCCUCACAACAAAAAAUCCUGAGCCUCACGGAAACAAUUGAAUGCCUACAAACCAACAUUGAUCACCUCCAGAGCCAAGUGGAGGAGCUGAAAUCUUCCAGCCAAGGAAGAGCGGGGCAGAAGACAUGUGACCAGGAGAAGCCGGCACCCAGCUUCUCCUGUCUGAAAGAGCUGUAUGACCUCCGCCAACACUUUGUUUAUGACCACGUGUUCGCUGAGAAGAUCACUUCCUUGCAAAACCAGCAGAGCCCUGAUGAAGAAGAAAAUGAGCAUCUGAAAAAGACAGUGACGAUGUUGCAGGCCCAGCUGAGCCUGGAGAGGAAGAAGCGAGUGAGCGUGGAGGCGGAGUAUCAGGUGGUGCUGAAGGAGAACAGUGAACUGGAGCAGCAGCUUGGUGCCACAGAUGCCUACCGAGCCCGAGCACUGGAGCUGGAGGCCGAGGUGGCUGAAAUGCGGCAGAUGCUGCAGGCAGAGCAUCCUUUUGUGAAUGGUGUGGAGAAGCUGGUCCCCGACUCUCUGUUUGUUCCCUUCAAGGAGCCCAGCCAGAGCCUGCUGGAGGAGAUGUUCCUAGCUGCUCCAGAAGCACCGAGAAAACCACUCAAGCGCAGCAGCAGUGAAACGGUGCUCAGCAGCAUGGCAGGGGGGGACAUUGUGAAGGGCCACGAGGAGACCUGCAUCAGGAGAGCAAAGGCUGUGAAGCAGAGGGGCAUCUCCCUCCUGCAUGAAGUGGACACUCAGUACAGUGCCCUGAAAGUCAAGUAUGAAGAGCUGCUGAAGAAGUGCCAGCAGGAGCAGGACUCACUGUCACACAAGGCUGUGCAGACAUCCAGGCUGCUGGCCAGGGACCUGACAGGACUGGUAACCCAGUCUGAGGCUGGAGCCAGCAGCUGGGAACCCACCCCCGUCAGCCCAGAGCCCACCACUUCCCCCACCACCACACCUCCAGAGUACAAAGCACUGUUUAAGGAGAUAUUUAGUUGUAUCAACAAAACAAAGCAGGAAAUAGAUGAACAGAGGACAAAAUACCCAUCUCUGUCCUCUUACUCUUAAUGAGACCUCCAGUUCUAAUCUGCCUGUUUACUUUCACCCCCUCGAAUCCAGACACAGCGCAGUCUCCAAAGCUUGAUGUUGCUAAAGAUAUUUGCCUCGUUGCUUUGUUACUUGGCAAAAGCAGCAGGAGAGGUGGCUGACAGUGUUGACUCCAGGGUCCCUAGGAAAUCUCACGGUAGACUGGCCUCUGGUUGGUGCAUUGAUGAGGCUCAUUUCCAGGAAAAGCCCUAGAACCGGUGGAGGGGGAUCCAUGUACUUGGAGUAGGCUAAAGGACCUACAGUGUGAGGCAAAGGACAGAAUUGAAACAAAACUAAGGCUGUUCCUGUUGCUUCCAAACUUGGCUUCUCAAACUACUGGAACUCCAAGGUCUGCUUAACUAAAAUACUUUUCACACUCAUUCCAAAGAAUGUUGAGAAAGCAGGAAUCUUUUCAGAUGACAUUAACCAGCUUCUUAAACCCCUGAAGUUUGUUGCAUCUGCUACCAGUUGAAUGAUGACUGACAGGCAGUCCUAUUUCCAAAUUCAGUGACUACCAAUUGAAAUGGCAAGUUUUGGUUUGACCAAUGCCUGCUGGUCUAUGCCCAGCAUUCAGCUGUUUCACUCACAGCUAGGCAUGUAGUAUUAAUUGUGUUUUCAAAUAGAAACUAAAGAAGAAAGGAGAAAGCUCUUAGGUGUUUCUGUGCUGACCACUUGGCAGCCACAGCUGCUUCUGCUCAGUUCUUCCCAUUCCCAGACUUGCAGAUGUCCCUGUCUACUUCCUUACACAGUAUUGAUGUUCUCACUGUGGAAAGACUCUUCCUCUCACUUGCAUACUUUAAUUUAAAAUAUUUAAGAGAACCAUGGUUCUGAUUGUUGUAUAUAUUUUUCUAAAAGCCGAAUAAAGCUAUCUAUGAAUGUGAA